AUGAGUGAUUAUGAUCAACGAUACCAGCAAGGUCUUUACCUUUCCCCAAACCAACAAGAUCUCCUACUCGCCGCUCUAUCUUCCAACAACCCCGGCCGGAAGCCCCAAAGCGGCUCUCCCCAAAUCGGGUCCUCUCAGAGCCCCGACGAAAAUUCCUCAAAUGGUCUCAGCGGCCCUCCCUCGGGUGGGUUUGACAAUCCUCACGCCAACAACUUUGGGUUCGGGGAUGACGAAAGCCCUUUUUUGGAUUUUACCCCGGAGGUUGACUUCGAUUUCCCCGGUUCCGCCGACUUGAUCGGUGACAUACCGGGAUCGGUUGACUAUGACUAUGAUAUUGGCGAGAAGCGCAAAUCCCUCGAGGGGAAGUCGGACGCUGACGGAGAGGAGACCGGAAAGAAGCGUAGGGAAAGCGAGGCCAAGAAGCCUGGUAGGAAGCCACUGACUUCAGAGCCUACUACGAAGCGCAAGGCUCAAAACCGGGCUGCCCAGCGAGCCUUCCGCGAACGCAAGGAGAAGCACCUGAAGGACUUGGAGGAUUCGGUGGAAAAGCUGCAGAAGACAUCCGACAUGACAAACCAGGAGAAUGGCUUGCUGCGUGCCCAGGUCGAGCGGUUGCAGGUCGAGCUCCGUGAGUACCGAAAGCGCCUUUCCUGGAUGGCCUCGGGAUCAGGAAACGGCAUCUCAGCUAUGAGCUCGAAUUCCAUUCCAAGCGCCCAUUCCAAGGGGGCAUAUGGCCUCCAAAAUAACGAGUUUCUCUUCGAUUUCCCCAAGUUUGGCGAUUUGCCUGGUGGUCAUCUCUUCAACGGACAGGCCAACAAGAACGACCAAUCCAAGUCUAACGACAUUCCCCAGGCACCUGGUGUCUUGGGUCGCGACAGUCUGAAUAGUCCUUCGUCUCGGUCGAACUCUCUUGCCCAGUCGAAUAAAUCGAAGUAUAGCGGAACUCCCAACAGUGCCACUUCCGCCAAAGCACCCUACUCUGGCUUCAAGUCUUCCACAACUGACAACUCUACUUCGGAGAAUUCUCCGUCGUCUUCGUGCGACUCGCACCAGAGUCAGAUGCCGUCGUCGAACGGGACUUCCCCAGAACCAAGUCUGAACUCUCCAGAUGGGCAGCAUCGCGAGCUGGGACCAGGUGACUUGUGCGGCGGGCAUGUCACCACCGAUGGCGAGAAAUCAUUCUGUGCACAGCUUGGUAUGGCAUGUGGCAAUAUCAGAAAUCCCAUCCCAGCGGUUCGUGAUAACAGAUCCAAAUCUAUCAGUAUUUCAAGCGGCCAGCCAACCCCAAUCGAUGGCCAAGCCGAGGGCGAAGAUUCUCAGGAUCUUGGAAUCGAUUGGAUGGUUCAUCAAAAUGGGGGCCAGUUCGAUCCAGUGCUCUUUGGUGACUGGCGAGAGCCCCAGGAUGCUGUGCUGUCUCAGGAUUUCGGCUCUUUCUUCAAUGAAGCAUUCCCUCUGCCGGACCUGGGCAGUCCAUCCCACAACUUGUCCGAGGUGGCCACUAGCGUGGCCCCGCCCAAGAAGGACCUUGUUGCCCAGAUUGAUAGCAAGCUCGAGGAAGAUGAGGUUGUUCCAGGCGAAAACCACUCACAGAUGCUGUCUUGCACGAAAAUUUGGGAUCGUCUUCAAUCCAUGGAAAGGUUCCGCAACGGCGAGAUUGAUGUUGACAAUCUCUGCUCCGAGCUUCGCACCAAAGCACGAUGUUCCGAGAGUGGUGUAGUCGUGAACCAGAAUGACGUUGACGACAUUAUGGGACGAGCCAAGUAG